GCACCCGGCGUGGAGGACUAUCCGGAUAUCGAUUUGACGACUAUAUCCAACAAUAUCAACGAGUGUAUGAUAGAGAACCUGAUCCAUGAUCUGGUUCAUGUCUAUGACUGGAUCCUAUUGCCAGCAAGCAUUGGCGAGCGCUACUUCAAGGCUGGCGAGAUUGACCUUAGCCGCUGCCCGUGCUACCAGUUGAAUGGCAGCUUUUGCGCGCUGACUGCAAUGCGCAAGACUGUGCAAUGGUACUGCCAAGGAGUAUUCGAUAAGAAUGCCCCAUGUGAGCGACUGGAGUACAUUGUGCGCCGAAGGUCGACUGGAGAAGCCCCACGUGAGUGGACUGGAGUAUCAACUGGUACCAAGAAGCAGAAGUUUAAUAACUACUUCAACCGCCAAUUCACUGACCAUAUUAGCACGCAGAAUGGCUGUCUCGUGGAGAAUGAGGUGAAGAUU